AUGGACCUGGUGCGUGCCCACGCGCGCCCGACCACCUGCUGCACGCUCGUCGCCCGCGCACCGCGACCUCCGCCCGCAUCCACGCCCGAAGCUCGCUCCGCCGUGGCCUCCCCCGCCGCUGCACCCGCCUCCACCUGGCCGCGCCGGCGCUCUGCCGGAGAGCGCGCUGGCACCCUCGCCCUGCCCCCGUCGUUCCGCUGCGCCCGUCGCCGCCUGCAUGUGCAGCCACCGUGCCUCGCCCGUCCGCCCCGGCCUCCUGCGCCGUGCUGUCGCUCGCCGGCGCACGCACGCCCACGGCUCCGGUCCCCUCCGCCCGCUGCCCUGUUCCGGCCGGCGCUCGUGCGGCCCCUGGCCGCCGGCGCCCGCGCUCGGCUCUACCGCGUCACCUGGGCGGGUUACUCCCGCACCCCAGGGCUCCGCCCCGUUUCGCCAGCGCCCACACCCGCUACGCCCAACACCCGUUAG